UUAAUACAACACAGUUUCUACCCGGAGCAGAGUCCAUGUUACACAGCCCCCAAAUAAGCAGUCCCCCAACGUGAACGAGUAGCUGCGAUAGGUAUUGUUGCGGUUAAAAUCGCCUUACUAAUCUCUUUACGCUUUAUUUCCGUUAUAUGUUGUCGCUUACGUUUUUUCAGAAACAAAUAGACGCACCCGGCUAACGUUAAGACGUUAAAAGGCAGUAUUAGUGCGUUAACUGUCCGAGAUAGCCUACCACAUUUUAAGGAAACCCUACCGAAUACUCUGAACAUGAAAAACGUUCACUUAACUGUUGGAAACGGAGUUUUGUUCGUGUGUUGCCUGGUUUGAUUUAGUCAGUAAGUUUAGGUCGGUUAGUUCUGGACAGAGCUGACAUGGCGAGCAGCACCACCGUAAACAUGGAUCCAGAUGUUGCCCUGAGGCUGUUUGAGGAGGGAGCCACCCUGGUGCUGCUGGGUGUUCCUCAGGGUACAGAGCUGGGGAUUGACUGCAAGAGCUGGCAGGUGGGCCCUCGCUUCCGCGGUGUGAAGAUGAUCCCUCCAGGCCUUCACUUCCUCCACUACUGUUCUGUUAACUCGCCAAGCUGUGGAGGACAAGUCGGUCCAAAGACAGGCCUCUUCCUCACUCUGAAACCCAGAGAGAUACUGUUGGCUAACUGGGAUCCCAAAGAAGAAGACCUGGACUUUUCAGCCUCCAAGAACGAAGAAGAGGUGAGCCGUAUUCGGGCGACCUUGCGAGAUCUGGAUCCUUACCUGGGUCCCUAUCCAUAUGAGGUGAUGAGGAAGUGGGUAUCUCUCACUGACCGGCUAAGCGAAGAGGUGGCCAAAAACCUGCAGCCUCUGUCUGGCCGAAUAUGCGCCUUUAGUGAUGUUAUUCCUGAGAUUAAUUUCAGACACACCAAAGACAGGGCAGAGCAGCCGAGGAAUGACACAGCCUGUCAGAGCAUGAGAGAGGGACUUGACAGGCUCCCCAGGAUGAAGCAGAGGGAGGGGACGGAGUUGCGCUUCUCUGUUAUCCCCAAGAAGACAUAUCCACCUGGUGCAACACCAGCUGAGAUCACCCAGUGCAGCCUGGACCUGAGUUAUGCCCUGGAGACUGUGCUGGCGAAGAACCAUGAGCUACAACCUCUCAACCUGCUAGGUGAGAUCCAGUUUGCCUUUGUAUGUUUCCUCCUUGGAGAUGUGUAUGAGGGCUUUGAGCACUGGAAGUGUCUUCUGGCUCUGUUGUGUCGCUCAGAGGAGGCCAUGCACAAGCGUACGGAGCUCUAUCUGGGGCUCAUUGCUGUGCUCUACCACCAGCUCGGAGAAAUCCCGCCUGACUACUUUGUUGACAUUGUGUCACAGAACAACUUCCUGACCUCCACACUGCAGGACUUUUUCCAGUUUGCCAGUGGACCUGGAGUCGACAGCACGCUGCGUAAGAGAGCGGAGAAGUUCAAAGCCCACCUGACCAAGACGUUUCGCUGGGAUUUUGAUGCAGACUUGGAAGACUGUGCCCCAGUGGUGGUAGAGUUGCCUGAAGGUGAAACAGUGGACUGAAAUGGCUCUGCUUUGGGAUUCAUACUGGAAUUAUAAGCAGGGAUUAGGAUCCAAAGGUUCUCACAAGGAACGUCUGUGGUUUUCUAACAGUGUGUGUUAACAGUGCCAUGUCGGGGUCAUUGUGAUGAAGAAAGCAAACAUAAAACAUCCUGUGUGUUCAUAGUCAGAGCAGAAUACAGUCACUGGUGCCCUCUGGUGGCUGUUUCCUUCAGACUCUUUGCUUAGUAGGUUUUGUUUUAUAGCCAAAUCUGCAUCACAUUUAUUCGCAAAACCAAUCUCAUAGUAAUUCUUUAUUAAUUUAAAAUAGCUGUAGAGUUAAUAUACGGUAAGAAUUAUGAAUAAUGUUAUACACAAACCCUUUAUCGUAAUCAGUCAUAGCACACCUAAUUUUUCACCAGAGCUGCCAACAGUAACUGGAGGAAAGAACUCAAACUACAUCCUGUAACUUAACAUUACAAAAAUUAUACAGACGAUGUAGAUGGUUUGUUAGAAAUGAAUAAAAGUGUAGUACUGGUUGAGUGUAGUGAUUUUGUCCCUCAUGUAUUAAAGGUAAAUAUGCUUUUAUGUUGACAAGAGCAUUGCUUUGUGUUGCCACACUGGAAAAUGGCAGUCAUGGUUUGGAGAAUGGUACCUUAGUCAGAUAUAAAGACCACACCUCCGCUGUGGUUUUAAUGGCUUUAUUGGAUCCAAAA